AAUGGUCCAGGCCAGAAAAAAGGCAAGAAAAAGCCACAUCCUUCCUCGCAGUCUCGGCUGCGCUUCGUAGCCCUGAAAGGAAAGACGGCGCUGAAGGUCUUCUCCUCUUCCUUUUGCAUCUACAUGAUGCGCAACUUCGUACUGCAUUGCGGCUUCUCGGCGCUGCAGGUUUCUGCGCGGUUUCCCCGUUUGGUCUUGCAUCAAACGCUUUUGGGCCGAGCCGGCCCGGGGUCAUUCCUGCUACCUAGAUUCGUUCGCGCCCGGGAUGCUGUCAGGAACCUCCUGGUGCUGUGCUUAGAGCCCUUGGAUGGAGCGCCCAGAUUCAAGUGAUCCCGAGCGAGGGCGCGGUUCCCAAAAGUUGCUCGGCCGGCAUCUUUAGGGGCGAGGCAGGAGCUCCGCUUGUAGGAGGGAUAACCAUGAGAUGAAGAGUCGAAACGCUGCCGUCAGAAUCAGUGGAAAAUGACGCCUCGUUCUCAGAAUGGAGAAGAAGCGCUUGAUAGGUGCAAAGGCCCAGGGAACCCUCCCCACGCUGGCCCUUGGCAUCUUUGAGGUCCGGUGAAUUAGUUUGAUCGGGGGGCGGGGGCGAGGGUGAAGGGCUUUUUUUCUCAGGCCAGUCUUUCAUGGCUCCGUUUCCUGUUCCUGGAAGACACUUUCACUCUGUGGAAAUGGAAGGUCUUAUUUAUGUUGUAUGCUUACGAUUUUGUCUGUUGGAAUUGCCUUGAAUGAGUUUUUGCCUAGAAAUACUUUAAACCGGAAUGAAAGGGCAUCCUAGUUGGGGACUAUGGGAGUUCAUAUCCAAUACAUCUGAAAGGCAAACAGCAUGAUCCGCUUCUGAGUUUAAAUAUACCUUUUUUUUUUGCAGUGGCUUCCUUGACUAAUUCGUGGAAUGUGGACAAUCUUUAGGAUAUGGAAAUAGGUUGAUGCCUAUUGCAACAAUAACAGCUAUUUAACAAUUGUCUGCAUCCAGGGCCAAUAUUAAGAAGCUGUUUUUCUAUCACAUUGCUUUUUUAGUUUUAAACAGGAAAGAACUAAUAUGAAUUCAUAUUCUGAUGGGAAAGACAAUAUGACCUGGGUCAUGGAAUUACUGAACAAUAUCAAUAUGUCUCCAUAUAAUAUCAUAAACAGUUUCAUGGAUUACUCAGCAUACUUUUUCUGGGUUUCAGUACUGUUCCUACUUCUCUUUUCUCCUGUUUUAAUAAUUCUUGGUUUUAUUUAUCUUUCUAAUUUUCUCUUGCAUAUUUACAAGAGAAAAGUUAACUUAAAGGAAGAUUAUCUCAGUCAAUCAUGGGACAAUGGACGGAGGACUGUGGCUCACCUUUGGGACAUGUAUGGUACACUGUGGCAUGGUUAUGAGAUACAUGGGAUGGAUAAAAUACCAGAAGGACCAGGGCUUAUCGUAUUUUACCAUGGAGCCUUUCCUCUAGACUAUUUCUACUUUGUAUCUAGGUUAUAUUUAAGAACAGGCAGAUUUUGCUGCACAGUGGUUGAUUACAAUUUUUCCAAAAUACCAGGUAUAAAACUGUUUUAUAAUGUGGAAGGCCUUACACAUAAUGGAAGGUCAGAAUGUACUAAAAUUCUGAAAAUGGGAUACUUAUUGGGAGUUUUACCAGGUGGAACCCGAGAAGCACUGUUUAGUGAUGAGAACUAUGGCUUACUAUGGGGUAGCCGGAGAGGCUUUGCUCAUGUGGCUAGAGAUGCAAAAGUGCCUGUCAUUCCUGUAUUUACAAAAAAUCUACGAGAAGGAUACAGAACACUUGGGAAAAUAUGGCCAUUCAAAUGGUUGUAUGAACGUACCCGAUGGCCAAUUGUUCCUAUAUAUGGUGGAUUUCCUGUGAAAUUUUGCACAUACAUAGGAGAUCCCAUUUCUUACGAUCCAAAUAUAUCAGCUGAAGAAUUAGCUGAAAAGACCAAUAAUGCAAUAAAAGAUCUCAGAGAUAAAUACCAAGAAAUACCAGGUAACAUACAAAGAGCACUAUUGGAACGGUUUGAAAAACUCCCGGAGAAAUGAUGCCAGUCUGUGAAAAUGUAGAUCUCCAUUUUCCCCCACUAAGAAAUAUAUUGUGCUAGUGAUUUGAGGUUUUUAGAAAAAAAUAGUUCAUUUCAGUCACUAAAUUUUAAUAUAUGUGUAUUAAAUAUGUACAUGUAAUAUCUAUUUGUUGCUUGUUUGCAAUUUUAGAUUUGUUGAUUUAUUGUGUAUAUUUCAUAUAUAGAAAAGCGAUAUGGGUUUUGUGAUCUGAACUUCUUCAAAUAAAUAUCUUUAGU